UGUUUGCAUCAGUUGGUCGCUAGAGUUCCGCAUCGGCGUUAAUAUAUUGUCUGGCGGCUGUGUACGGUGCCCUUGAAUAACUGCGCAAGCACUCAUCGCAGGAUGCGACACCGGCUUUGGGUUCAUGCUUGCCACGCAGCUAGCUGAUGAGGGAUUCUUCGUGUACGCCGGGUGCUUGGACGAACACGGUGACGGCUCGAAGUUACUGAAGAGGACGACGAACAUCCGGGUUUUACAAAUGGACGUCACGAAGGAGGAAGAAGUCGAUCGAGCUUUCCAGAUUGUGCAGGAGACUCUCGGUGGGAAGCAUUUGUGGGCAGUGGUCGCCAACGCCGGGGUCGGCAGCAUUGGCUACAUCGAGUAUCAGCCUUUGAGACGCGUUCGCUCCGUGUUCGAUGUCAACACGUUCGGCGCCCUCUCCGUGUCUGCCACCUUCCUGCCGCUGCUCAAGAAGGCUCGCGGAAGGCUCGUCCUGGUCACCAGCAUUUUGGGUCGAAUGACUUUUCCCGAGUGCCUCACCUACUGCAUGUCCAAGAGUGCCUGCACCUCGCUCGCCGACGGCCUCCGACGUCAAUAUCUCAACAGGGGCGUUCACGUGUGCACUGUAGAGCCCGCCGCCUACAGAACGGCGAUGAUGGACCAUGCGAAGAUGGAAGAGACUUACGACCGCGACAUGGCGCUGCUCCCGGAAAGCGUUCGCAGCGCCAUCAACGAGCGGUCCGUCGCGCGCUCUAAGCACAGGGCGGAUGUUCUCCACUCCUUCAUCAUGAGAGACAGCACGCAGGAGGCAGUGGACGCCAUGAAGCGGGCCGUGCGGGAGCGACUUCCCCGCGCGGCUUACAAACCCGGCGGACUCUCGGACGCCGUCAUACGGUGGUUCUGCGACAUGGGGCCGACAGACAUGGUCGACGAAGCCAUCGACGCGGCGCGCAGUAUAGCGAUGCUCAUGAAGAGGAAGUAGGAGCACGCGCCUUCCAUCCGGUCCCCGACUAGAGCGAACUGGGCACUCUCUUCCAAAAACAAUAAUUGCGAUGAAACCGUCGACGAAGGUGGUCGAUGCAAAUUAAUAGCUGAACGUUUCUACAAAGCUAUUCGCUUUAGUGAACGAAUGAUCAGUUUGGAAGGGGCGUAGUUGUUGCCGCGAGAAGAUUGAGGUAGCGUUUAUCGUUUCGUUCAGUAAUUUUGCGAGUAAUAGACCCGCUAACCGGUUAUUCUGCAGAAGUAGUCUAGGUAUAGCCACUUAUACUUCGACUGAGUAAUAUACGUGGUUCUACGAAUAGGCUUAUUUGUCAUAUUGGUGUCGUCUCCAGCGGUACCCAAGGCCACUGCCAUUCUCCUCUCCCGGCGCUGGAACCCUUUCCCGCAACCGUCGAUGAAGGAGAGCGUGGUGGGGAAAGAAGAGGGCUUUUCUUACCGAGUGCUCCACCGCAGCAUCUAAACCUUCAGACGCCAAAAGCUACCGCACGACAACACGUUCCUCUCAAAGAUCGAUACAGUGGGCUUUGGGCAACGAAAGCGCUGUGCCAUUCGGUUGCGCGACAUCACGCGCCUAUUGUAUGGGCGGCUUAAGGGCGACCAGUGCCGAGCACCAUGCACAAAAACGGACGAAACAGCCAAAUAAGUCUACUCACUAAAAUAUCUUCCUUUCAUCGAAUGCAACAGGGACCACUGCGCAAAUACAACACGGAGAAAGAUGAACGGUUUACACACUUCUUCACGUCGGUAUAUCAAGAUUCACUUCCCAGCCACUUGAGGACUUCACUUGAGGCACGUAACCUGACUAGGACGGUCUUGCAGUAAUCAAGCGGCAUCUCCUUCCACAACGCCAGAAACAAAGUAGAUGACGAUUCAUGAUGACCUGGUUUGCAUAUUCACAGACAUAGAGCAAUACAUCAACGGUUAUGAAAUGAAGGGGGCGGGGUAGGAGUCUUGACAUCUACUUCAGGGAUGCCAAAGAAGCAACUCUAGGAAUACAGGGGAGGUAUACUGUAAAACUCCACCAAGUAGACAUGUCCAUUUCGUCUACUGUAGAAGUUCUGUUUGGCUGGGCUGCUCUGCGCGUCUGAAGCAUAAGCCGCCAUAGCCAAUGAGCACUUGAGCAGCAGACUAAAUUGACAUGCGGACCCUUACAAAAUAGCUCCCCUAGUCUCCUAGACUGCCUCGUCUCGUUCACGCUGGCCUCCUGGCACGACAGGUCAUGCCUGAUCAACGUAGUGGAGGUGUCUGAUCAGGUGAGCGCAUUUUGAGAGCGGCCAGUGCCAUUGGGCUCGUCCGUUUUGUUGCGAUAGCACUUUGGACACUCCAGGCACACUUUUGUCAUCGUCAUCGCCGUGAUGUUCUGUAUAAAGUACAAGGGCGAUAACACCGUCCCCGCGCGCCGUAUGCCAUAUAUGCGAGUGACAGCGUGCGGG